AUGUUGGUUUUUUGGGUGGAUGAGUUACGAUUGUUUGAAAGAGGUGGGAAGGGAAAGCAGCAAGAGGGAGGGGUUUGGGGCAGGAGCCAGCCAAGGUCCGACCGCCGCCAAUUAGUAAGAGCGACUUCUGCACGCACGAGAACCCCUACAAGCAACCGAAACGAAGCAAUGGGAGGCCAAGAUUCACCCGAGAACGCACGCCGAGGACGAUGUCUCGAGCUGCAAGCGACCGAACUGGACACCCUCCGCUCGAUCUACUCGAGCACAGCCGUCCGAACACUGCCGAGGUCCGGCACCACAAGCUCAACGACCAUCUCGAUCUCGAUCCAAAUCGACCUCUUCAAGUCUGUCCCGGUAACCUGUGAUGUCGGGGGGGCCGAGGAGAGCUGCUUGUCGAGUGAAAGGUCGGCCGAGCUACGUUUCCUGCCCCCCUUCGAAUUGGUGGCGCGGCUGCCGACGGGAUACCCUCUCGACGAGCCCCCAGGACUGACGAUCGUGAGCGGGUGGGCCCGGCCGGAGGACAUCUCCCGGGGCGAGACGGAGGUCGGGCAGAUAUGGGAGGCGUGGGCGACGCCGGACGGCGGCGGCCAAGAGUGUCUGGCGGUCUGUGUGGACUGGCUCGAGCACGACUGGCUCCUGCCCCUCCCCCUCCGCUUCAGAAACCAUCUGCCGCCGCCCGAUUGGUCCCGCUUCCGCGACCACGAUCUCCAGCUCCGGCACCACGAGUUCCUCAAUCGCGACUUCGUUUGUCCGAUCUGCUUGGAGACCCGGAAGGGCAGACAAUGUAUCCAGCUCCAAAACUGCGGCCAUAUCUUCUGCCGAGCGUGUCUCCAAGCGUUCUUCAGCCUGCUGAUCAAAGAAGGCGAGGUGCGGAAAGUGGUAUGCUGUAAGGAGGGAUGCAAGGGCACAAGGAUCGGGGCUGAGGAACUGGAGAACGUCGUCGGCCGGGAUCUUCGGACGAGAUACGAGCUGCUGGUCCAGAAACUCGCCAUCGAAGCAGACCCCGCCCUCGGGCUCUGUCCCAUGGAAGAGUGCCAAGCUUUGGUCUCGCCCGACCUGGCCUUCGACGGCACUCGGUCUGAACAUCUUCGGGUCUGCCAUCGGUGCGGCUACUCGUUCUGUUUCGUCUGCAAGAAAACUUGGCAUGGACCGACGAACAAAUGCUCGGUCCCCUAUCUGGCCCGGAUCAUCGAGGAAUAUCUCGGCGAAAGCUCGCCAGCCAAGCGGCUCGAAAUCGAGCGGCGGGUCGGAGGACAGGCCAAGCUACAGAAGCUCGUCGACGAGCAUCUCGAGGAGCGUGCCAACCAAGAAUGGAAGGCCAGCCAUACAACCGCUUGCGUCACUUGUUUCAUUCCUGUCGAGAAAAUCGAGGGGUGCAACCAUAUGAUAUGUACUAAAUGUCAGACUCAUUUUUGUUUUCGUUGUGGACUCAAACUGUCUCCCCUCCAACCUUAUCUGCACUUCUCAACUCCCGAAAGUGGCUGUUUUAACCAACUUAUGAACAUUUCUUGA